CUGAACGUUAACAGCGUUGAAAUUACUAACAGACGUUAAUGACGUGGCAAUCAAGGAGUUCCAUGUGGCAACUAUGUGUGUGACUCAUUUCUAAAAUGUUUUUUUAAAUAAUUUUUAAUUUUUGUUUUUAAAAAUUUAUAUUACAAAAAUGAAAUAGGUAAAAAUCCCAUCAUGAAACCCUAAAAUUAAAUUCUUCGUUUACGACUGCAUCUUCUUCUUCAUUCUCUGUAAGAAUAAGAAACCCGAAGGAAUGGCUUCCCAAGGCUCUGUAUCAUCACAAAAAAGUAGUCGGCGACGACGAACGCUGACAUGCAACUGUGGUGAACCCCCUGUACUGAGAUGGUCGAAGACACCAGAAAAUCUCGGCCGGAGAUUUUGGGGCUGUGUAUACUUUGAUAUUGGGAAGGAGUGCACUUUUUUUUCAUGGGCGGAUGGAGUUGCAGAGAUAGAAGAGGCUGAGGUUGCAAGGUUGAAGAUGAAGAUUUCCACCUUGAAGGCUAAAUUAGUUUAUGCCAAAUGCAAACUGUUGGUGGCUGUUAUUUUGGGUGUGUUGGGUUGGUUUAUGGUGAUUCUAAUGGUUUAUUUGAGGGUGAAGAAUGGAACCCAUUUGAGGUUAGGGUACUAAUGCGUUUGGGACAGAUGAGAAUAGCAGAAGUAAGAAUAGGAUGGCUGUUUGUAAUAAGUUACAAAACUGUACUCAACUCGAAAACUUGUUAAUGUUGUUGUCCUUGAAGUUUAA